UUUUUUUAUGUUCUUGGGUGGUAGCUAUUAUUGAUAAAUCAAAAAAAAAAAAGAAAACAAAAUAAAAAAAAGGGAUGGAAAAAGACAAUAAUGGGGUUUUGAAGUUUUUGUUUUUUAUUUUAUUUUAUGUUCUUGGGUAAUUAUUAUUAUUUUGUUAUAUAAAAUUGAAAAGUCCCCAAAAUUAAAAUAGAUGGUAACCAUAUUAUUUGGAAGUUGUGGAGUGCCUAACACCUUCCCCAUGCUUAAUCGACCCUCCGAGCCUAGUCAAUUUCUGCGUAGACUUUGGUGAUCUAUCCUACCUCAUUUGGAUAGAUGGCGACUCCAUCCAUUUUGGCACGUCAACAGUUUGGCGACUCAACUGGGAAACAUUGAAGGGUCAAGCCAUUUAUACUUUAAUUUUGGGGGUUUUUCAAUUACUAACUUUUGUUUUGUAGGUGGCAUGAAGUAUCUUGUAAGUUUUUUUUUUAUUAUUUUGUUACUUUAUUAUUUUCAUGUGUUAACUUUGUGUAUACUCCCUCACACACCUCACUUGCAUAUCAUUUUUGUCCUUGACGAGACCAAAAGACCUUGUGUAAAAGACUUGGUUGCUGCUUGGAAUAGUUUGAGUAAUCUUGACAAAGUGAAUUUUACUAGUUGAGAAAAAGCAAGUUCCUCAAUAAAAAGAAGAAAAGAUAUGAGGGAGGCAAUCUCCUCAUUAUUUUUCUUUUACUUAAAAAAAAAAAUUCUAAAAGAUUAUGAAGGGGGCAAUCUCCUCAUGUUUCUGGUUGACGUGACAAUUGCUUGGCAUACAAAUGGCUAAAGUUGUUCUUGACAAUGAAGAAUCCAUGUGUAAAAAUAAAAAUAAAUAAUUAGAAGUUAGGUUUACUCAUUAAUGGGAACUUUGGGAACUUAUCUUUCAAAAUACCAAUUAGAUAAAUUCAUGAUUUGUUAAUAAUGCUCAUAUUUUCGUUAGGUGUUGAAAGAUUGGUCCUAAAAAGAAUUAUCCAAGAGUUUGUUCACCUAUUCUCACUAGAGCUCUUGCAAGGAAGAUGGCUGAUGAAGCUAAUUUAGAGAAGGUUGCUCUGGAAAAUCGUGUUGAAAAUAUGGAAAAUACUUUGAAGGAAUUGAUGGCUUCCUUCCAAUCUCUUCAAGCAACCUUAGUCACAAGGGCACCUUUGACAACAAGUCCCUUAUUUGAAGGAAAUGUUCCAGUGGCAAGUCUUCCUAUCGCCACAUCUACUCUUGGAAAGGAGCCAAUGUCAUCUUGCCCACCAAAUCCAACUAUUGGUGGGACUUCUAGGACAAAGCCAUUUGUUCUAAAUGCUGGUGUUGCUACAGUUCAAUCUAAUGAUCAAGAAGAGACUCAAGUUGUCAAGUCAAUCACAGAGGAUGAAGACAAGGCAAUUAAAGCAAAGGUGCAGUUGAUGGAGGAAACACUAAAAUCGAUGCAAGGUGUCCAAACCAAUAAACCGGUUGACAUCUCAUCUUUAUGUUUUUUCCCAAACAUUCAACUGCCCCAUAAGUUUAAAUUGCCUGAGUUUGAUAAGUACAAUGGCACUAGUUGUCCUUAUGCCCACUUGACGAUGUAUUGUAGGAAGAUGGCUCCUUAUGCCAAUGAUGAGAAGGUAAUGAUACAUUACUUUCAAGACAGUCUGACAGGUCCUGCAGAUGCUUGGUUCUCUACUUUAGACAAAAGUAAGAGAAGAUCUUCAAAAGACAGAAAAGAAACCAAGUGA